AUGAAAGAGGGGAAGAGACCAGUUCUUCCCAUUCCAGAAGCUCACCAGCAAUUGAAAGAACCCAGACUUUACAAUCGCGGGUCUGUGAAGAGGUGCGUGGAUUGUGGGAAGACUUUUAAGCAGAGUUCCAGCCUGUACAGACACCGGAGACUCCACACUGGGGAGAAGCCGUAUGGCUGCAUGGAGUGUGGCAAGACCUUCAGCCGGAAGUCGCAUCUUAUUACACACGAGCGGACCCACACAGGAGAGAAGCCCUACGACUGCCUGGAGUGCGGCAAAAACUUCAGCAGGAAAUCCCACCUCACCACUCACAAGAGGAUCCACACGGGGGAAAAACCCUACAAGUGUGGGGAGUGUGGGAAAUGUUUUAGUCAGAGUUCGACCCUGGCGGCCCACGAAAGGUCCCACACGGGUGAGAAGCCAUUCACAUGCCAGGAUUGUGGGAAGAAUUUCCAUCGGCAGUCGGGUCUUUCGGCGCACGAGAGAACACAUACAGGGGAGAAGCCGUACCAGUGCACCGAAUGUGGGAAGAGUUUUAGCCAGAGUUCGGGACUUUUAGCCCACGAACGGACCCACACAGGCGAAAAGCCCUACCGGUGCACGGAGUGUGGGAAAAGCUUCUGCGAGCGCACAGCCCUUGUGAGACAUCUGAGGACUCACACUGGGGAAAAACCGUAUACUUGUGCGGUCUGUGGGAAAAGUUUCAGCCAGAGUUCGGGCCUUUUGGCGCACGAGCGCACCCACACUGGGGAGAAACCUUACAAAUGCUCAGACUGCGGGAAGAGAUUUGGGCAUCGCUCUGACCUCCUCAGGCACCAGAGGAUCCUUAAAAGGGGGAAGCCGUACAAAUGCUGCAAAUGUGGGAAAUUUUUCGGCCGCGGCUCAGAUCUCCUCCAGCAUCAGCAGAUCCACACGGGAGAGAAGCCGUAUAAAUGCACCUGUUGUGGGAAGUGUUUCAGCUGGCGGUCAAAUCUUAUUAAACACGAGAGAAUCCACACAAGAGUGAAAACUCUUCAAUGA